AUGAUGAAGGCAUAUACCAUUCUUAUGGCCCUUUGCAUGGUAGUUAUGUUCUCUUGCAAUGCCGUGGAGGGUGGUGGAGCAUACAUGAGGCAUGAUGCACUUUCACGCAAAGCUCUAAAAGAACAAAGCAAGAUAGCAACUAGUGGCCUGAAUCCUUCAGUUAGCAAUUUGUCAGGUCAGGCAUCUAGCAACGUUAAUGGUGUGAACAAUAACUCCGAAAGCACAAACACUAAUAUGUCGGGCACCGCUACAGCCUAUACCCCGACGACUGCCACUACCACAGAUUCCCACCAUGACCUCUCAGUUGAUCAGUACCGAAGGAUCACCCACAACAAUGAGAAUAAGCCGUGA